AUGUUCCAUGCAAGAAUACGAAAGUACAAACAGAAUCUGGUGAGGCCGGUGCAACGUUCACCUAUCGAACGCCAAUCAAGAAGUUUCUCAAACAAGAUUUUCGACGAGUGUUACUCGCCUUGCAGAUUGCCUUCUCUCCAGUUGCAGUGGUAUGAGCACUCAAAGUUUGCAUUUUCAUUAAUUUCUUUGGUGGUCCUGGUGCUUUUAUUGGUAUCUGCGUUUUUCAAGAGCGAUGUUCUGAAAAGGAGUAUUUCGGCUCGGUUUUUCGUGAUUGGUGGAGUUUUACCGGCUGUGAUUUACAUGGCGAUAUGGAUGGUCUCCUCAGCGGAGUUUUCAUUCAAUGAUGUCACAUGCUCCUUGGAAGGCACGAGACUAUUUCCAACAGCCAGCCCCCUAAGUUUUGGUGUUUGUUCCUGGCUGCAAAAGCUGAUGUCAACUUGUUCGAUCGUAUGUAACAUAACCCCACUUCUAUCGAUCUCGUUUUCGAUGGCAAACCGUUUGCAAACGAGAUUCGUUGUUUCGUUGAUUAGAAAUAUCGAAGUGGUUGAACAUUUUGUGUGGGUCGCCUUGUUGGCUUACGGUUCGUCACUGCCUUUUGUGUUGACGAACAGUCUUGGGGUCGAGCGUGACGAAUUUUCGGGUGUUUGCCUUGCCGGUAACUUAUCAACAAUAUCGAUGGGUACAAACUUUGGAGUGUCAAUCUUUUUUGUGCUACUCGUCUUCGGCCAAACAGUUAUUAGAACAUGGGCUAGUCGUCGAGAUUCGUCUAACGAAAAUGUUGCUUUUGUUGAGCUCUUGGAAGCCGAUAAAGUUAAAGUCAAUGGCGCAUUUCUGCACAAAAAUCUUCUCUACAGCAACUUGUCAAUUGUGGCAAUCCUCUUCUGUUAUGCUCUUUGGAUAGCCGCAAUUGGAUUACAUUCGAUAGUUGUUGCUGGUUGGCCUAGUCGAGAAAAAGAAACGAUUUUCUCCGACUUGAAAUGUUUGUUCAAUUUGAGUUCUGAUGCACAAAACGAUGAAGCUUCUCGGCUCGAGGACCACAGACAGGACAAUAGCCAGCAUGAAUGUAGUUCGAGUGCUCUUGGAUACCGCCCAACUUACUCAUUUCUGGUCUUCGUUGUACUACCGAUUAUUCCGUUCCUUUUUGUGGCUAUUAUUGAUGCUUUGCCAUCAAUUUGGAAUUCAUCAUUUGGCAUGGGUAUGUGGGCACGAAGAAAGCUUCAAAUUAUGACGACUCUAACCGAAUCAAAUUCACAGCCAACCUCGAAAAAUAGAGAUACAGUGGAGUCGUCAAGGAGUUGUGGCUCAAAUUCAACACAGCCAGUUCGAAGAGGAAACCGGACAUCACGCCUCUAUCAAGCUCAGCGUGAAGUCGCUACCAAACCUGUGAGUGCACCACCAACAGAUAGAACGCUGGAAGAAGUGCAAAGAUUGGCACAAAUCUUUUCAAUGGAAGUGCAAGGUCUUGCCCAGGAACGCGCCGAAUUACAUGAGCUUUCAAGGGUACAGGAUCAGACUUUGAUGAGUCUUGCACAACAACUUGAUCAUGCAAAUGCCGAACUUGCCGCACUCCGAGGAGAAGAGCCUCCAAUUCCAGUACUAAGAGGACAAAUAGUUGAGGCUGAGCCGCAAAUUAGACUGGCAACUCAUGAUGAACGAGCGUUAACGCGAUUUCAAGGAUUUGGUACAGCUCAACCUGUAGAAGCGCCUCUUUCAGCACGACUUCCAGCACCACAAGCUCAUUUUUUACCCGAGAUGCAACCAUCAACUUCGAAUCCAUUUGGUUCAUUCCAGGGUUUCAGACCAAUGCAAUUUUCUGGCCAGUCAACUAGCCAGCAACCACGAGAACUCAGUGAUGAAAGCGAUGAAAGUGUGCCCAGUCAUGAAGAUGUGCAAACGCUGGACGAGUUGCGCCAAAGAGCAAAUGGAAAUUUGGAAGAGCCAAGAGAAAGGAUUCAUGAUGUGCAAGGGCCCAGUGGUAAUCGAUUCCAAUUUAACGUGCCAGUGCUUGCUCCACCGCCAUUCCCACAACUAAUCCCUCCACCACCACCGAAUCGACCUGAUCCUUAUGGGGUGUUAUAUCCGAUGUCUUCUGUGAUGACGGUGCCCGAGAUUCAACUUCGAGCUCAAGUUCUUCAGCAGGUCCUGCAGACGGAUCCAAAUAUUCCAGUCUAUCCUUAUCAGGUUGCCGUCGUUUUGGAAAGAGCCGGCGUUUUGAAUCGAGUUGAUGCGCAGCGGCCACUUCGACCGAAUCAUGUGAUCUACCGGCCUGAUAGGAUUGAAGAGAUGCUUGGAACUACACCAAACGUGCCUCCAAAUCUUCGCAAUCCAGCCACUUUUCACGAGCACAUUGGUCGAUUGGCUUUUCAACAAGGUCUCACGUUGGCCGUCAUUUAUCGAGAUGCAGCCGGUCCACCACGAAACUUGCCGGGCAUCCUUGAACGGAUUAAUAUUGCCGAGAUUGUGCCGGCUGAGCUGCGAGAGUUGAUCCGACAAGGAAAUUUGAAUGCAAUCAACGAAGCUAGACAGAUCAUUGAGCAGUCAGAGCAUGCUAUUCGAUUGAACAUGGAGGAUCGAGUGCUUCAGGCCUUCCUUUAUGUACGAGACUUCCUUGAUUCACGGGCAACAAUUGCGGGACUUCUACCGGCAAAUCAGAAUCCAGCGGAAAACGAUAAUGCUCAACAACCGCAUGACCCCGAUUCGGCCAAUGAAACUUCG